CCCCAAACUACCCCUCUUAUUUUGUUUGAUCGAUCGAAUCGUAUCGGAGAUUAGAUUAGAGCUGGUCUCUUGGUUUAAAUCGGAAUUCAUGAAUCAGAUACAGAGAUUCCGACGGCGAUUACAUUGGAUUCUCCAAUUUUUUUUAAAAAAGAGAGAUAUGGUCCUCCAGUUAAAAAAGCCCAGCCCAGCCCAGCCCAGCCCAGCCCAAACCAGAGUCCUUAAUUCCUUAUUGUUAUUUCCUUUUCUCUUUUUUAUAUAAAUAGAAGAUUUAGCUUAGGGUUAUUUUUGAAUUAACAUUAUAUUGCUUGCUCCCAACUCUUCCCUGAAAGCGUAAACCGCUCUUUAAGCUAUUGUCAUCUUCUAUCCAUAUCCAUGGCCAAAGCUAAUUUAUUAGGUAAGCGAAAGCCUAAAGAUGAUUUGGAGACCAAACCCGUUCUCAAGAAACAUAAGAAAAAUUCCAAACACAAGGAGACAACCAAUGGAUCUGCUGAUAGUCUCCAGAAAGUUGAGUUGUCUGAACCAAAGUCUGAUCAGCCUAAUGUCAUCUCAGCCAAGGAAGCUGCCGUAAGAAAAAGGACGCUCUUUGUUGACAAUCUCCCUAACGAAACUAAUAUAUCAAAUAUCAUCGAUUUCUUCAAAGCUGUUGGAAAAGUUGUUCGUGUUCGACUUAUUGUAGACCUCAAGUGUAAGCUUGUGGGCUGCGGCUUUGUUGAGUUUUCUUCUGCUAACGAAGCAAAGAAGGUACUGCAAAGGAAGAACGGUGCAUAUUUGCAAGAUUAUAAGAUUGUUCUUAAUAUGGCUGAUAAGGGAGCUACACACCUUCCACCCAAGUAUUGCAUAGAUCACAAGGUUUGGAACAAAGACUACCUUCAACGAGAAAGCCUCUCUAUCAAAGAAGAUGAGACACCCAUUUUUGUUGAGGAAGUACUCUUUGUUGCCAAUCUCUCUCCCCAAACUAAUAUAUCAGAUAUCUUUACUUUCUUCAAUAAUGUUGAAGAAGUUGUUAGUGUUCGACUUAUUGUAAACCACGAGGGUAAGCAUGUGGGCUAUGGCUUUGUUGAGUUUGCUUCUGCUCAACAAGCAAAGAAGGUGCUGAAAAGGAAGAAUGGUAAAUAUUUACACGAUCAUAAGAUCUUUCUUAAUGUGGCUAAGACAGCUCCAUAUCCUCCACGACCCAAGUACAUCCUUGCAGAGAAGCUUUGUUAUGAAGACUACCUCCGACGAAGAAGCCUUCUGAAAAAAGAAGAUGGGACAGUGGAAAGACUUGAUGAAACUCCCGAUUUUACUGAGGCAGUUGCCGUAAGAAAAAAUACGCUAUUUGUUGCCCAUCUCUCUCGCAAAACUGAUAUAUCAGAUAUCAUCAAUCUGUUCAAAGAUGUUGGAGAAGUUGUUCAUGUUCGACUUAUUUUAAACCACAUUGGGAAGCAUGUGGGCUGUGCCUUUGUUGAGUUUGCUUCUGCUAACGAAGCUAAGAAGGCGCUGGAAAAGAAGAAUGGUGAAUCUUUGCACAAAUGCAAGAUUUUUCUUGAAGUGGCCAAGAUAGCUCCAUACCCUCCACCCAAGUAUUGCAUAGACCACAAGGUUUGGUAUGAAGACUACCUUCAACGAGAAAGCCUCCUGAUAGAAAAUGAGACAGUGGAGGGACUUGAUGAAACUCCCAAUUUAGUUGAGGAAGUUGAUGUGAGAAAAAAGACGCUCUUUGUUGCCAAUCUCUCUCGUAAAACUAAUAUAUCACAUAUCAUCAAAUUCUUCAAAGAUGUUGGAGAAGUUUCUCGUGUACGACUUAUUGUGAACCACAAGGGUGCGCAUGUGGGCUGUGGCUUUGUCGAGUUUGCUUCAGCUGACGAAGCAAAGAAGGCGCUGCAAACUAAGAUUGGUGAAACUUUGCGGCAUCGUAAUAUUUUUCUAGACGUGGCUGAGAUGGCUCCAUACCCUCUCCGACCCAAGUACAAUCUUGCAGAGAGGCUUUGGUCCGAACGAGAAAGCCUUCUGAGGAAAGAGAAGGCGAAAGAGGAGGAGAAAGAGAAGGUACCUGAGACGAAGAGAUUCUGGGGUACAAAGAUUACCUUCGCUUACGACGACUGAUAGAAGAAGAUGAAAAGCUCUUUGGUGUUUUAUACUUGUGACUACAAAAUGCAACUUACUACUUUAUUACAAAAUAAAACUUGUAACUAGAGUUGAGUUUUUUGUCUGAACGCUUUGUUGUUAAAACCAUUAUAUGAUUUGAACUGAUUUGGUUGUCAAGACUAUAGUUUUCA